GGAAACCUCAUGGCCAAGUUGUAGAAAAAAAUAGUUGAAGUGUGCCUAUCUUGGAGCGGAGGCCCUCCCUUCUGCUGGCCGCGCGGAGUGGGAGCCCCAGGUGCAACGGAGAAGCCGGGUUCACGGGUCCAGGAACUGGUGACCCUUUCCUGCCCCCAUCCCCCCACCACAGUGUUCCCCACCGCGUUCUCCCCGCCGCCGCGUGGCAAUGAGCAGCCUGGUCAGCACGCCGCCUCCCGAGCUCCUCGAGCCUAACCCAGGGAAGUCCUACGGCAUUAUGGAGAUUGCCAUCAUUGCAGCUGUGAUCACUGCUGUGGCCUUGGUCCUGGUCUGCCUCCUCUUUCUCAUGCUUCGCUACCUGUACAGGCACAAGGGUACCUACCACACCAAUGAGGCCAAAGGCACAGAGUUUGCAGAGAGUGCUGAUGCAGCCCUGCAAAGUGACCCUGCCCUCCAGGAUGCUGGGGACACCAGCAAGAAGGAAUACUUUAUCUGAGGGGUAGCAGACUUGACAUCCCUGCAAGAUGCUUCUGGCUGCAGGAAAGGAAGUACCCCCCGCUGUGUACCACCAUUAUCAGCACCAGGAAGCCCCCAAGGGCACCCCAAGACUCUUACUGCCAGGAAACCGAUACAUAUGGGAGGAGUCAAAGCCCAGAGCACCUCUUCCAGGGACUCAUUGGCCACCCAGUGGCAUUGGCUCUGCAAGGAAGAGAGAACAUCUGGAUACCCAGGUCUCCCUGGGGUGAUGCAGGUAUCAUCUCACCAGCUUGGAAGUCCUCCUCAGUGUGCAUGAGGUGGUCUGGACCUGGGAGUGGGACGUAUAGAAGUGGGACAUCUAGAAGCUGCCUGGGAAUGAUGGCAUCAAGUGUCAGUCAUUGACAUUUGGGAAGACCAGCAAAUGCCAGAGCUAAAACUCUUCAUCUCCCAUGCAGCUCAAGACGAUUACAAAUAAGUCUGAAAUGUAACUGAGCCCAUUCUAUAUCAAACGGCACUACUCUAAGUGUCUGGGAAAUGUAAAUGCCACCCAUUGCUGGCUUUUCUCUGGUAGAACAUUGUGUCUGUGUGUACCCUGAAAGGAUUGUCUAACUCUGUCCAAAGAAGAGGGGGAAGGGUGACCUUUCCCCUCGCCAGUCCCAGCUACAGGAAACAAAUGGAAAGAGGAUACACAGUAACCAGGCCACUGGCUGAAGCACUGAUUUCUUGAUAAACAAUUUUAAAAAGAGAGUUGUGCUCAACAACCAUGAGUGAACUCCGUCAUGCCAGAGUCCCAGUGCAAAUGCCUCUGUGUUAGAAGAGACUGCAGAUCCCCGGACCUGGGUUUGGCUACCGGCUCCUCUUUAUUGGUCUUAGGACCUUCAGCCAUGUGUUUGACCUCUCCAGCUUUAACGUUGGCCUUUCUCAAGUGGAAAUGAUACUGAGUUGCUUUACCUCUGGCUCCUGACUCCCAGCAUUGUGGGCGGGGACAGAAGCAUCAGAUGCUAGCCAUUCGCUGCAUUACAGUGGAUGCGUGGCUUGCCUGCCUGUGUUGGCCAAUAGAAUUCAUCUUUGCACCACCUCUAAAAGCCCCCUGAGAAGUCACUAAUUUAGAUUUAAUAACAGGGAGGAAAUGAACGAAUUAGCCAACCCCUUCCAGGUAAGAUUGCCAGCGGCUCUGCAGUUUCUCUAAGGCCAGCAUUGCUGUAUUGAAAGACCGCCCCUCAGGAGCCCCCUCAGCUGUGCUAUCUCCACCUAGCAGCCAGCAAAAAAGGAGCCUGAGAGACUAAUGAGGAUGCAAGCUUAGUCAAGUAUGGCCACCAGCCAAAGGAGCUAUGAUUCCUCCGAAUGUUGUGGGGAAGAGAAGCAGUGAUUCAGUUAUAACAAGGGCCAGACGACCCCAGAACGGAGGAUGUCUGUGUUCUCAUCUGUGAAGUAAAAGGCUGGCCACAGUUGACACCCAUUAAUCUAGAGAGACCUUAUCUGAAACCCUAGCGGAUGCUUGAAACCCAAGGCAGUAUUGAACCCCCUUGUAUUCGGCUUUUCUGCACAUACUUAUGUUGAGAUUUAAUUUAUAAAUUAGGCACAGUAAGAAAUUAACUGCAGUAACUAACAGCACAGUGGUAUAAUUAGAGCUAUAAAGCUGUAAUAAAAGAUUCUUGAGACUAUGAA